CACGUUAACGGUACCUCGAACGGAACCUAAUCGGCGCACAACAAGUAACGUUUUUUUCGCUUUUGUUUUCGUAUUUGAAUCGCGAGUUUCCACCAAAAACAAUAGUGUUAACAACACCAAUUUAGGCGUGCGUUAAUCGUUCAACCAGUGCUAAAAAAAAAAAAUAAGAAAAAGCGAAGACAAACAGUGCUAAAAAUUUGAUCACGUUUAUAGAAAUUCGAUGUUAUGAGCCAUUUGUAUGCGCAACUCUUGGGCUGAUUGCAAUUCAAUAUCACUUUGAAAUAUCGCAAAAGCUCGUAACUUCCGGUAAUUUUGCGCCGUAAAAUGUUUGCCACCAAUAUCCGCUUGGCUGUCGUCAGCGUAAUGCCGCAGGCCAAAAGGCAUUGAGGCCACGUUUGCAUUCUCGCCGUGUCCUUUGGAGCGCCUAUUUCCGCUGCAUUUUGCAAUUUGCAAUUUGAAUUGCUACGUGAAAGGCACUUUUCUCCACGCCCAUAUGCGCUGGCUAAUUGCUAUGCAACAACAAGAACUGCAAGAAUUUAAGUAGAGCACAGUAAAAUCUAAAUAGCCAACAUGGAGGAGGAUGUUUAUGCCACCCUCAACUAUAGCGACAGCGAGGGUACAGCUGAGGAGGACGAGGAUGGCUGGAACAGCCUGGAGAUGAGCGUCGAACAGCUGCAGCAUUUGCUGCUCUGGCAGCUGCCCGAUCGGGCCAACUAUACGGACCAACAGGCACUGGCCAAUUGGAAUUUAAGCAAUGCAACCGCAAUGCCAACGCCAAGUCCCGCUCAGCCCGUGUUCGAUGCAAACAACUAUUGGGCCCUGCUCGCCUUGGUGUUGGUCUUUGGCACCGCGGCGGGCAAUAUCCUGGUCUGUUUGGCCAUCGCCUGGGAGCGUCGUCUGCAGAAUGUGACCAACUACUUUCUCAUGUCGCUGGCCAUCACGGAUCUAAUGGUUGCCGUUCUCGUCAUGCCACUGGGCAUCCUUACCCUGGUUAAAGGCCACUUUCCGCUCAGCUCGGAGCACUGCCUCACUUGGAUAUGUCUGGAUGUUCUGUUCUGCACGGCCAGCAUUAUGCACCUGUGCACCAUAUCCGUGGAUCGCUAUCUGUCGCUGCGCUAUCCGAUGCGCUUUGGCCGUAACAAGACCAGGCGCCGCGUCACCCUCAAGAUUGUCUUUGUCUGGCUGCUGAGCAUUGCCAUGAGCCUGCCGCUCAGCCUUAUGUACUCCAAGGAUCACGCCUCGGUGCUGGUGAAUGGCACCUGCCAGAUUCCAGAUCCGGUAUACAAGCUGGUCGGCUCCAUUGUCUGCUUUUACAUACCGCUGGGUGUGAUGCUGCUCACAUAUUGUCUGACUGUCCGCCUCUUGGCCAGGCAGCGUCAGAAUUUGGGCGGUGGCCAGCCGACGUCAGCGGCCACGCCCGGCUGGGCCAGCGGCUGGUUGGGCCAGGCCCCCGCUUUGGAACGUCGCUGCACUUGGCGGCGAUUAUUGAAACCAGGCCAGAGCAACGCCUCCUCCUCGGCGCUGCACGCGCACUCGGCAAACUCAACGGACACGGAUCUCAGCACGCUCGACAAUCAUGAGCUCUGGCUGCCCGACUCCAGCAUACCAGAGCCAACGCCCACGACAAUGACGGCGCUGCAUCAGUUUGGGGCCGAGAUGUUGAAGCUGUCCCGCGGUCUAGAGUCCGUGGCAUCGUCCUCAACGACGGGCUCACCCACCAAAUCCGAAUUUUCAAUCUCAACCCAUCUGCCCUUCUCCGGCAGCCCCCAGCGCUAUGCCACACAACAGCAGCAGAUGCAGCAGCAGGUGCAGCUGCAGGUGCAAUUGCAGUUGCAGCAUGCACAUGCAGGCAGCUACCUGCAGCCGGCCUCGCCCAAGAGCAGACAGGGCAACACCAUGUUGGCGCUGUCUAGCACAACGCUCGGUCUAGAGCGCGAGAGCACUCGCAACUCUUUGGCCAGCAGCCGCAUGGGCGAGCAGAGCGACGGCACGCUCUCCCAGCUGUCGCAAAGGCUGCGCGCCUACAAGAAGCGCAGACGCGCCUCUUCCGCUGCUGCUGGACGGGAGCGACGCGCUGGCAGCGAGGAUGCCGAGGAUGAGGAUCAGGAUACGCUGCGACGACGCAAGCGUUACAAUAGUUUGCCCAAAAAUGCGCUCUACCCGCACCACAAGACGCUGCACGAAAGCCUGGACGGCGAUGACAACGAGUUGCAGGACGACGACGACGAUGACGAGGAGGAGGAGGAGAAACCCUCGAAAUCUUCGUCCAUUAGCAAGGGUUGCCACUCGGAUACGGAGCUGGAGCCGCAGACGCAGCCGGGCAGGCAGUGCCAUGUGGCCAGUAGCUCCAGUCAUGCAACGGAUUACCCCCAGCUGCCGCCGGUGUGCACCUGCCCCUACUUUGGAGAUCGUCCGCUGACGAGCUGCGUGAAGACGGCCGAGGUGAAGAUCGUUUCGUCGGCCUUCAAGGCGACCACGGCAGUGAGCAGCUCGCCCAGCGAAAUGGAGCUGCUCCUCUGCAGCGCCAGCAACAACAAGAGCGCCCUCACCAGCAGUAUCAGUGCGGGCGCAGGCGGUGCGGGGGCUGCAACUACACCAGCUUGUGCAUCGGGCAACACGUUGUCGCCGCGGUCGGCGCAGCAGGCGCAAGGCAGCUCCCAAAGUGAUGGCAGCGGCUAUUUGGCCGCACCGGGCACACCCUGUCCCGGACGACGCAAGCUAAGCAUCUCAAAGACCGCCUCAGUGGUCACCUGGGAUGCGAGUCGUCAUCGCCGGCGCGGCAGCAGCUUUGGCGGCGUGCGCACCUCGCUGCUGCUGACGCCCACCAAGACGCUGGCCAGCACCACGACGACGGCGACGACAAUGACACCGCUGCGCCGCUCGGCAACGCUGCGCAGUCACCAGAACAUGAACUAUCAGAUUGGAGGCGGCGGCGUCGGGGAGGGCGGCAAGUCGCGAACGCCCCAAUCGUCGCCCUGUCUGCUGCAGCGACAGCAAACGGUGCGUUCACAUCAUUCGCGCAACUCGAGCGUCAUUUCGAGAAACUCGUCGCGACACGGACGCAUCAUACGUCUGGAGCAGAAGGCCACCAAGGUGCUGGGUGUGGUCUUCUUCACCUUUGUCAUACUCUGGUCGCCGUUCUUUGUGCUCAACUUGUUGCCAACGGUGUGCGCGGAGUGCGAGGAGCGCAUCAGCCAUUGGGUAUUCGACGUGGUCACCUGGCUGGGCUAUGCCAGCUCCAUGGUGAAUCCAAUAUUCUAUACCAUAUUCAAUAAAGUGUUCCGGCAAGCCUUCAAGAAAGUGCUGCUCUGCCGCUAUUCCAGCAACAGCGCCUGGCGGCCCAGCAGAUAGCAGACGCCCGUCAAGCCCGGCAAGCUCAAGUCAAACGCCAAUUCUCUCAAGCCGCCGCCCAUCAAGUGCGCCAGCGUCGACUUUGCCGACUCCAGGACACUCACCCAGCGGCCCGUCUCGGCUCUGCACAGAACCCAUUCGAACAGCGGCUCAACGGCGAACCUUUAAAGGCGCCAGCUCUAAGUUAAACCAAACUGGACCGUAUUCGUGUGGCUGUGGCUUGGGUCUCUAAUUAAUUUGAAAUUCAAUUUGCAUUUGGCAUUGAGCUCAUUUGCCAGGCAAACCGACACCAGACCACUCGAAUUCGUGCACAGCCCGGCCAGCUGGUCGGUAGAAGCUAACAGAAGCUAACAUAUCGUUCUCUAAUUGUGGUUAUCCAGGUGUAUUAAGUUUGUCUGAAUCAAGGCCAAGCCCGGAACUCCAUAAUGGAAUUCAAACCGCAUUAUUGAAGACCAAAAAAUUCUUUGAAUUCUGCCGAGGUCUGGGAAACAACGUUAUAAGGACGUGCAUUUCCAUGGAACUAAUAUCAAAAUAGAAGCAUUUUCCGACCUUGGCAAUGGAAUAUGUAAAAUCUCUGGGACACGGGCUGAUUUAUUUUUAUUGAAGAGCUUUAAAAAUAAGUUAGCAGCUGGUCGAAUGUAUGCAUAAAACCAAACAAUUUCCUUUUUAUCAAUUUUACAAAUACCCGUAAAAAUAACUGAAAAUUAGGUUGAUACUCGUUUUUGUUGUUGCCCUCAAUUUGUUAAGAAAAAAUUGCAAUCAAUGCAAGCUGAGCUUUUGUUUAUUUGUUUAUUUGGCUAUUUUCGCAAUUAUGCGUUUAAUUUAUGCCAAUUUGCGACGCACAAAUGCGACAAACAUGCCAAAUUCAUCAUGUACGCAAAGUCUAGGAAAAAUGUUGUUGUUGCUGCUGCUGCCGCUGCCAUUGAACAGAUUGCUAUUUUUAUUUGAAAAGUUGAUUCAUUUGGUUUUAUUUCUGUGGCAAGAUGAAACAAUUUUUCAGCUGGUCACGUAAAAAGCGCUGAAGGCGGGGCUUGGGGCAGAAACAGCUACUUGCAGCAACAACAACAAUAAGCGCAAACCCAUAAUGAAAGCUAUUUGGCUCAAAAAGUUUUCGCUGAGGGCCAAGUUUAAAGCGUAAUUUUGUGAUGUGGCUACAAAGUAAGCGACAAAUACGCCGCUUGCCCGGCAGA